GACUCCUCGCGAGUCUCGGCCGACGGCUGAGCGGGGCGAUCGGCCGUCUUGGGGACCCGGGCCUCCGCCAUGGGCCGCAGGAGGGCGGCGCGCGGGCCCGGCACCGAAGGUGGCCGCGCUCGGCGCGCCCAGGGCCGCUCCCUGGAGGCCUUCGCGGAGGAGGUCGGCGCCGCGCUGCGCGCGUCCGUGGAGCCCGACGCGGCCGAGGACGAGCCAGCGGGGCUGCCUUGCACGCUGGCCAUGUGGGAACUGGGCCACUGCGACCCCCGGCGCUGCACCGGCCGCAAGCUGGCCCGCUUGGGCCUAGUACGCUGCCUGCGCCUGGGCCACAGGUUCGGCGGCCUGGUGCUCAGCCCCGCGGCGGCCCAGUACGUGUCCCCCGCAGACAGACAGCUGGUGGCACAGUCAGGGGUCGCUGUCAUCGACUGCUCCUGGGCCAGGCUGGACGAGACGCCGUUUGGAAAGAUGCGGGGAAGCCACUUGCGGCUGCUGCCCUACCUGGUGGCUGCCAACCCUGUGAAUUAUGGCCGACCCUGCAAACUGUCAUGUGUGGAAGCUUUUGCUGCUACCUUCUGCAUUCUGGGCUUUUCAGACCUGGCUGUCAUUUUGCUGCGGAAGUUUAAGUGGGGCAAGGGCUUCCUGGACCUGAACCGCCAGCUCCUGGACAGGUAUGCUGCCUGCAGCAGCCCGGAAGAGGUGCUCCAGGCCGAGCAGCUGUUCCUGGCCAGUGCCAAGGAGAGACCCAAGGAGGAGGAAAUUGAUCCCUUUGACGUGGACUCAGGGCGGGAGUUUGCAAAUCCCAACAGGCCAGUGGGCAGCACCCGGCUGCCCACAGACAGCAAUGACAGUGACGAGGACGAGUCCGAGGAAGCAGAGCCCACCACUGAGAAUGGAGGAAGCGGCAACAGCAGCCCCAGAAGGGAUGAGAGGUGGGGUGAAGGGUUGGAGGCUAGUGCACCGGCAGAGGUUUGGAAAGGAAUCAAGAGACGACAGAGAGACUGAGGAUGCAGACGUGUGUAUUGCUCGAAGCUGGGUGCAGAGGAAAUCUGGAGAGGGCAGUGGGCAGCAGACAUGUGGGACCCAGACAGCCUGGCAGCCUCAGUGCCUGCAGUUGCCAGCAGGGGUGGACUGGUCUCUCCUGACACUUUUGGCACUCUCACUCCAGGGCCUGCCUUGGAGCCCUCUCAAUGAAGCUGGGGGUCAACAAGGAGACCAGCACAUGA